AUGCCAAAUUUAAUGGCAUUUAAUAUUAUUGGUAAUGAACUUGAAACUCAUUGUAAAAUUCCUCAUUUAGAAAAGAAAUGUGAAUUUUUCCAAAUACAACGUCCUGUAUUAAAAACAAGUAAAGAAGAACCAACAUCUGAAACUACUUUUAUUGCAUGUACUGUUUAUAAUGAUAAAAAAGUAGCUAAACCAUUUUCUAUUCCAGUUGAUCUUAAUCCACCAUUUACUUUAAAAAUGGCUAAUGGUAUUAAAAAUGAAGAUGAAUUUCCUAUUGACUUUGGAAUUUCUGAAAUGAAAGGAAGAAGACCUUCUAUGCAAGACACUUCAUUUGUUAUAAAAAAUUAUUUAAUGAAAGGAUAUCAUAUGCUUGGAUUAUUUGAUGGACAUGGAGGAGAUACUGUAUCAAAACUCUCAUCCGCUUUAUUUCCAACUAUUUUUGCAAACCAACUUCAAAGUCAAAUUAAAAAAAGUUUAUCUAAAAAGAAACUUGAUCCAGAAAACUAUAUUGACACUUGGAUUAAAACAGCAUUUAUUGAAACAUAUUCAACAAUUAAUGAAUAUGUUGAAAAACAAAAAUUCACAGAUGGAUCUGCUGGAAUUGUUAUAUUAAUUACACCUCAAAAAAUGCAUUGUGCUAAUUGUGGUGAUUCAAGAGCAUUAUUAGUUCAAAGAAAUACUGAAAAUCCAAUGUCUGUUGAUCAUAAACCAACUAAUCCAAAUGAAUUUCGAAGGAUUAGACAAAAUUAUGGUUAUGUUGAUAAAAGUGGUAGAUUAAAUGGUGAAGUUGGUCUUGCACGUGCAUUAGGUGAUCUUAAAUGUCAUCCUGCUUUAACUUGUGAACCAGAAGUUUUAACUUUUAAUAGGUCAAAUGAAGAUCAAGCAAUUGUUGUUGCAUGUGAUGGAUUAUGGGAUGUUUUUGAUAAUCAAACGGUUGCUCGUAUGACACGAGAACGUUUAAAAACACCAAGAAUUGCUGACAUAGCUUGUUUCCUAAGAGAUGCUGCUCAUUUCAAUGAUAGUGGAGAUAAUAUUAGUUGUAUCGUUGUUCGCUUUUAA